AUGCACUUUAGCUCAAGCAACUCACACUUCACAGACUCUUGGGUCGAUGUAACCUCACGACCGUCCUCCUCUUCGCUAUCUUCGGCUGCCGACGAGAUCAUCACUACCGGCCUUAGGGUCCAGCAUGAUUCAAACCUACACCGACGGCGGAGACGUGCUCGCACUGUCGGUCCCUUCCAGAUUGGUACCGGGUACCGAGUGGCAAGCGCCGGUGGAGAUAACAGCAGUCAGGAAGAGUACGACGAGAGCGAAAGCGAGUCGGACAGGGUCAUGACAUCUUCCAACGAGGGCAUCGGCCCUUCACCGCUUCAACACGAGCUGAGGAGAUCUUCGCGGGGUCCGACGCCGGAGGCCUUUUCCGAGCCUUUGUCGGAACGCGAGGGAGACGACGAGGGAGAUAGCGAUGAUGAGAACGCAACUGCGGUCAACUACCCACGAUCUUCGAGGCGGCUGUUCGAGCCACGACCUAAUGCUUUCACCCACCCAUCCGAGCAGCCUGCCAUACGCUCCCAAUCUGGAACUGUCUACACGCCUCGAAGACCUACUGCUCGGCCAUCGUCUCAGCGACACUCAUACCCUCAACACACACCUUUCAACGCUGUUUCUCCAAACGCGCAAGCGGACCAUGACGAGGCUCUACGAGCCAGUCUGUCGACCCUUCUCACCGCUGCGGCUGCGGUACGAGGCCUGCCAAAGCCGGGUCAGCCACGUGCCGUCACUUCCAAUCCCUCAGGCCACCCUACAUCACUUCGUUUGGUGCCCGAAUCCGUCGCCCUAGGACAGAUUGCGGAGGACGAUUCUGCACAUGCACAAUCGUCAUCGCCUCGCACCAUCAGCAGCAGCCCAUCGGAAAAGUCCAAACGCACCUCGACUACAAGGAGCAACAGCAAGGAACGUCGGGCCAUCAAGAAGAUACGCCAUACAGGGCCGCUCGUCGAGGAGAUUAGCCCCACCUUACUUACCUGGGUCGUUGGCGCCGGCGCUGUCGUACUCGUCAGCGCUCUGAGCUUCUCAGCCGGCUACGUUGUUGGUAAAGAGGCAGGACAUGCUGAAGCCAUAAGCCAGCUAAGCUCAGUAGGCGGUGAUGCUGGUAGCUGCGGUAAGGAAGCUGCUUCUGGGCUCCGCAGCGCAGGUAUGGGCCUGAGACGAUUGCGGUGGACGGGUGGAAGCGGUGUUCGCGUUUAA